UGGAGGAAGCUGAGCGCGCGUGUGUUUGUGUAACGAAGGAAAUGUCCUUUAAUGCAAAGACUAAACUGCAUCAAUGGCGGGACGCUUGAAGAAACAGCUAAAAGAGGCUGUGAAGGUCAUCAGCUCAGGUAGCCUUUUGUUUGCUUCCUACCUCACUGCGGUUGGAGAUGAGCGUUUCUAUGCCAACCAGCUGAUGCCUCUGCUGCAGAGGAUUGUGGGUCCAGAAACUGCACAUGUGUUGGCAGUGAAGAUGAUAGGAAUGGGCCUGGUUCCUCUGAACCGCUACCAGGACCCUGCUUCAUUGGAAAUGAACAUACUUGGAUUAAAGUUCAAAAACCCUGUUGGGAUUGCAGCAGGUUUCGACAAGCACGGGGAGGCUGUAGAUGGCCUGUACAAGGUGGGCUUUGGCUUUGUUGAGGUGGGAACGAUCACUCCAAAACCUCAGGAUGGGAACCCGAAACCACGUGUGUUUCGACUCACUGUAGAUAAUGCAGUGAUAAACAGAUACGGAUUCAAUAGCUGUGGUUUGGCAGAAGUGCAGGCCAGGCUGAAGGCCAGAGAAGAAACGCAGCUCCAGCACAGUAAAACUGGCCUUCCCCUGGGCAUCAAUCUGGGGAAGAACAAGCUUUCCCAGGACGCAGGGGCAGAUUACUUGGAGGGUGUGAGGGCACUGGGCCCACUGGCUGACUACCUUGUUGUCAACGUCAGCAGUCCAAAUACUCCAGGUCUCCGAGACCUGCAGGGCAAGGCAGAGCUCCACCGGCUCUUGUACUCGGUGAUGAAGGAACGGGACGCUCUGCAGCAAGAACACAAACCUCCGGUCCUGGUUAAGAUUGCUCCAGAUCUCACCGCCCAGGACAAACAAGACAUCGCUGAUGUCGUCACUGAGCUGGGAGUGGAUGGGUUAAUGGUGUCAAACACAACCGUGUCCAGGCCAGAAAGCCUUCUGGAUCAACACAAGUCUGAGGCUGGUGGGCUGAGUGGCCAGCCUCUCAAGGACCUCUCCACUAACACGGUCAGAGAAAUGUACAAACUCACCAAAGGGACAGUACCAAUUGUUGGAAUUGGGGGUGUGGCCAGCGGGCAGGAUGCAAUGGAUAAGAUCCGUGCUGGCGCUUCACUGGUCCAGCUUUAUACCGCCUUGACCUAUCAGGGCCCACCUGUGGUGGCAAAGAUUAAACGGGAAUUGGACCAACUUCUAAAAGAUCAAGGUUUCAGCUGUGUGUCGGAGGCUGUUGGUGCCGAUCACAGGGAAGGACAUGGAAAAUGUUAAUGUGAACACUGAUGGCUGGUGAUACCUGUGACGGCCAAUUCCUUCAACAAAUCCAGCGUGAUAAUGAGCUUGUCCUGAACUGUAUUUAAUUCAGAGUUUUUAUGAUCAUCAAUCUGUCCAUCUGGAUUUCCUUGUCAGUAAACAACAGCAAUGCUUUUACAGAAAAUGUAAUGAAAAAUGACCACAACUGUAUGUAAUCCAGAGUAUUAAGAAGCUGAAGUCUCCCUCGUGACUGCAGCUGUUCAUGUUUUGUUACAGUGUAACAGCAGGUAGUGUAUCUCAAGUGCAAACUGACGCCAAAGUGCUGAACCUUUUUGUUUCGUUUUUGUGCAAAGGAAAUAAUCUGUCAUAAUUAUGUGUGUUUUGGCUGAUAAAACUUGACAGAAUUGACUAAAACAGUUGAA